GCUGACGUUACCGUAUCUUACACUAUUUCGAUAUACCAACGCUCCUACAACGAUUUGGUGCUUUGGUCCUUGGGUUCAACAAUAUUCAUUUGAAUCUCCAAUAGAAACAACAAUAGUCUCUGUUCGGGCCCAGCUUACUUUUCACUCUCAAGUUGGUUCCAGAACAAACCGCCGCGCUGGAUUCCAAACGCUCAGCUCCCCUGAGGAGGGGCCCCAGAUCCUCAACCAACAUGCCUCCUCCUCCUCCAUCGCGAGCGGGCGCCGCCGGGCGCGCAAGCAUCCGUCAAGGAUCACGCGUCCCCUCCUUCCGACCCCAGAGUGCCGCCGCGACCCCGCGACUCGACAGGUCCGUUGCCGCCUCCCCCGCAGGGUCCACCUCGUCUGCACCGAACGCCGCAGGCAUGAAGCGCAAGGAACGCGACUUCGACUCUGGAUUCAGCGAGGAGACAAACAUCAAUGUCGUGGUUCGGUGUCGAGGGCGCAACGACCGCGAGGUGCGCGAGAACAGCGCCGUUGUCGUCGGUACGGAUGGUGCGAUGGGCAAGCACAUUGAGCUGUCCAUGGGACCCAAUGCGCUCAGCAACAAGACCUAUGCCUUUGAUCGCGUCUUCUCGCAGGCAGCAGAUCAGUCUAUGAUCUUCGACGAUGUGGUGAAACCCAUCUUGGGCCAGAUGCUCGCUGGCUUCAACUGCACCAUUUUCGCUUAUGGGCAGACUGGUACCGGCAAGACCUACACCAUGUCUGGCGACAUGACCGAGUCCCUGGGGCUUCUUGCUCCUGAUGCUGGCAUCAUUCCUCGUGUCCUGCAAGCCCUGUUCAACAAGCUCGAGGCCGACGGGACCGAGAACUGCGUUCGGUGCUCAUUCAUAGAGCUCUACAACGAGGAGCUUCGCGACCUGCUGACCCCCGACGAGAAUGCCAAGCUAAAGAUUUUCGACGACUUGUCCAAGAAGGGCCAUGCCUCGACAAUUGUGCAGGGCGUCGAGGAGCGGCAUAUCACAAACGCGGCCGAGGGUAUUGCGCGACUUCAGGAAGGGAGCUUGAGACGCCAGGUCGCCGCGACCAAGUGCAAUGAUCUCAGCAGUCGGAGUCAUACCGUCUUCACCAUCGCAGUUCACGCCAAGCGCCCCGGGGGUGGCACCGAUGACUUCAUCAGCCUGGGCAAGUUGAACUUGGUCGACCUUGCGGGCAGUGAGAACAUCCAACGGUCUGGGGCGGAGAACAAGCGAGCUGCAGAGGCCGGUCUCAUCAACAAGAGUCUGCUGACGCUCGGCCGCGUCAUCAAUGCGCUGACGGACAAGAGCUCUCACAUCCCGUAUAGAGAGUCGAAGCUCACACGGCUGCUACAGGACUCGCUUGGAGGGCGGACCAAGACAUGCAUCAUUGCCACGAUAUCGCCAGCCAAGAGCAACCUGGAGGAGACCAUCUCAACAUUAGACUAUGCGUUCCGGGCAAAGAACAUCAAGAACAAGCCCCAGGUCAACACUCUGAUCAGCAAGAUGGCGUUGUUGAAAGAGUUCACGGCAGAGAUUGAGAGGCUGAGGACCGAGUUGAUUGCCACUCGGCUGCGCAAUGGUGUACAUCUCACCAAUGAGGCCUACGAGGAGAUGACGGCCCAGAGCGAAUCGCGUCGCAUUCUGGCUGACGAGCAGGCCGCCAAGAUCGAGACGCUAGAGUCAAACCUCCGCAUCAAGGUGCAAGAGCUUUUUGCCCUGACCUCGAGCUUUAUGGGACUCAAGAAGGAGCACGAGAGCACCAAGGCGCAGCUUUACGAGACGAAAGAAGUUCUCGACCAGACUGAGAUCAUCUUGGCGGCCACCCGGAAGACGCUUGCGGAGGAGACGCACAUUCGAAAGGCACAUCAGAUGACUGAACAAAAGCUGACUGCCGUCGGAGGAGAGCUUAUCUCCACGCUGAGGAAGACUGUUGGCGACGUCGAUGGGCUUCGCGCCAAGAACAAGAGGAAGUCGGACCUGCAGGACCUGAACCGCAGCACCUGGGCCAUGUCGCAAGCCCAAGUCACAGACGUCACCGAACUCGUCGAGAGCCGGAUCGAGGAUUUCCGAAAAGAUCAGGAUGAUCACAUUGCGAGCGUUUCUGAGAGAAUGCAUGCCUUUGUGCAGAAAGAAUUGCAGAAGCUCACGGCGACGCAGAGCUUUCUUGACGAGAAUCUUCAGAGGUUUGAAUCUUCACGAGACGAAUUACUAGAGCAGAAGCAGCGCUCUAAAGACGAAAUGGAUGACGUCCUGCAAGAGAUCAAGUUGGUCAGAGACAACAUCAAGGUGCGGGUAGGAGAAAGCCUCCUAGCGAUCGCUGCAGCGGCAGAGAGAAUAGCGGCAGACGUGCUCGGCGAGCUGGAUACAUUCCAUAACCACCUGCACACAUCCUACAAAUCUCUGGGCAAGGACUUCAAAUCGAUCUUCGAGGACCUGCUACGGCAUCUCGGCUCCCAACGAAGCGAAUCCGAUGGUUUAAGGCGCCAGUUAGAGGAGGCAAGUCGGGCCAUGGUUCAGGCGAAUGAAUCAGCGUCUGAUCAGAUUCAAGAGGUCAUCGAGGAGGAGCGCAAACAAGCUGCAGAGGACCGCCAGAAGCUGUUGACGCAGAUCACCAGCCUCAUCAAUGCUCAUGCCGAGCAGCAAGAGUCUCGCCUCUCUGGCAAGGCCACCAAGAUUCAGCAUCAUGUCAGCGGGGCCAAGGAGGCCUUCGGAGGUCAAGUAGCGAUCUACUCAGCUGGCAUGGACCGACUGGAGUCAGACGAAGAGAAGCUUCUGCAGGAUGUUGCCACGUCGAGAGACAUAUUGAAGACGAAGCUCAAGGACGACUGGGUCACCGCGAGUGAUCAUAGCACAUCUAUACAGACCACGACAAGAUCUGUGCACCAGGAAACGGUCCGCGUUGUGGCCGAGCAGAUGACAGAUCUGGAAACCCAGAUGACCGACUUUGAUGACUUCUUGACCAGAGCGCAAGCUGAAAAUGCCGAUCACCACAGUCAACAUUCAGAGUCUGUGGAUAAACUAUCAGCAACCGUGGGAGGUUCGUUCUCCAACAUCUCAAACCACUACGAAGAGACGUUCUCCCGUGUCCAGGGCCUCAAGACGGAGAUGGAGGCAGAUGUGGAACGGCUGCAAGGCAAUCUUGAGCCUCUGACGGACACGGUCUGCCAGCCACUGAGCAAGCUGCGACAAGACAUCUCCGACACCAAUCUUCGAGAGUACGAGCCUACAGGAGAGACACCGGAGAAGAUCCACUACCAAUACCCCACCCAACUUCCUCGCACAGCCCCCCAGGACGCCCUCAUCGCUAGCAUGCGCGAUGGAUCCAACGCCCCAACACCAAGUCGCUUGCCCGUCAGCUCCGCCUCCAGCUCGAGUUGUCUCUGCAGCGCAGCUGACUCCUCCUCAUCCGACCCCUCGUCCUCCUCGUCUUCUGCUCCUGUGAAACCUCCAAAUUCACCCUUCUCCUCAUCUUCAUCCUCAGCGACAUCCAUGUCGUUCUCCUCCUCCUCGUCAUCUUCCUCCGCAUCCGGCUCUUCUUCGCUGUCCGCCAGUUUCUCAGCCUCGGUCUGCUGCUCCUCCAACGCCAUGGUGGGGUCGUACUGGCCCUGGACCGGCUUGACGAAGGGGCUCAAGUGA